AUGGCUAUUGUGCUCGCAUUUCACAUCUACAUCGUCAGGUGCUCGAAUGGACCUAUUGUGUUUUCUGGCGAGAUCGUGCAAGAUCGGCUUGAUCCACUAUGUGAGUCUCGAAAAGAAUUUGGCCAGAGACGCAAGUUGCCCAACCGAUCUUUGGAUCUCUUUCAGGUUCCUGGGGCUUCUCAGAUCGAAAGUCAUUGUACAUUUAUUGAGGUUAGCUUCGAUACUCCUAGCGAUCUUAGUCAAGCUAGAGGAUGUGCAGAGGACAGCUUUCAGGUUACGCUAUGGACACUAAGAGUAUGUGGUUAUGUCGUUGGAGUGAUGAAUGCUCUUGCUAUAUUCAUGGACUACCUGAACAGAAUCUUUCGGCCGUAUCUGGAUCGAUUUGUCAUAGUAUUGAUUGAUGACAUACUGAUAUACUCUAAGAGUCGGGAAGAACACGCAGAACAUUUGAGAGUGGUAUUGGCAGUUCUCAAAGAGCAUCAACUAUAUGGGAAGUUGUCUAAAUGCUAG